CACAUCAGGCCUUCCCACAGUUGUUAAAUACCGUAAUUGCUAAUAACUUUUCAUUCUUCUUCAGCAUUUUCUGUAGUUGCAGGUUGGCAACAAACUAAGAAUCAAAAGUGAGAUGGGAGGUACAAGCGAUUUUAAAGGAUUAAUAACUCAUGGACCAUGGGGUGGUUCAGAUGGGGAUAAAUGGGUUUAUAUUCUUCAAAGCCCUAUCGAAAAGAUAAUUGUUCGGUAUGGAACUGUUCUUGACUCUAUCGAAUUUCAAACCAACUGCAGUAAAGGUGAACCUCAAAGUUCUUUAUUUGGUGACAAGAUUAGCAGGCCUAACAGCAAAGUAACCACGAUUUCCGUGGACUCUCCUAAUGAAUAUUUGAUGUCAAUAAGUGGGACAGUUGGUAGUCGUUCUCAACAUGGUGUAAUUGUAAAGUCAAUAUGCUUUAUGACAAAUCUGAACCUUUAUGGCCCGUAUGGCAUUGAUGAGGGAACUGCUUUCUCAUAUGAAGUCAAAGACGAGGUGAUUGUAGGAUUUCAUGGGCGUGCAGAGAAUUAUUACCUCAAUGCUAUUGGGGUUUAUGCGAUACCCAAAUCACCUGCGUCUCCUCCAACUUCUACAUAUGAAGGCAAAAUAAAGAACGAGUUAAGCUGCAGUAAGUGUAUAAUGACAUUGCCAAGGGAUGCAGGCCCUUGGGGAGCAUGUGGUGGUCAACCCUGGGAUGACGGAGUUUUCUCUGCUAUCAAACAAGUACGCAUUCAUUUUGGAGAGCUGAAUGUGAUUUAUGGCCUGCAAUUUAAGUAUUUGAAAUCAGAUGGUAAAUCUGUAAUGUCACAAAUCCAUGGAGGAACAGAUGGAGUUGAAAUGAGUCUUGUUAAUUUGGAUGAUAAUGGUGAGUUUUUUACUGGAAUUUCUGGGUUUUAUGGGCCUGUUGAAGGGUUUGAUGGAAUGGAAGCCAUAGGUUCUAUUAGUUUUCAUACAAAUUUGAGGAUCCAUGGGCCUUAUGGAAAACAAAGGGGUGCAGGAUAUGUUUCUUAUAGUUCAACAGCAUCUUCUGGGAAAGUAGUUGGUUUUCAUGGCAGGAAUAAUGGUUUUUUAAGUGCGAUUGGUGUUCAUAUGGAGUACUUCUGACUUCAAAUCCGAGUGGACCUUUUUCUAAUUCACUUAUAACUCUGCAUUGAAAUUGGUUAUUGUUUUUUUGUCGGUUUAUAAUGCCUACUUGGUUUUCUAGAACUUGUGGAGUCGAAAAUCAGGAUCAUCUUAAUGUUUGCUAUUUAUGGCAUGAAUA